AUGAAUACAAUUGGCACUGACCAGAACGAAGAAAACAAAGGCUCCCUGCCUCCAGGGGCAGCUGAUACAUGCCAAGAAUCAACGCGUUCGACUGGACAAGAUGUCGAAGAUGAACAAUCCAGACAAGCUAGGAGCAAAAUGAAUCUCUCCUCAAACGUACCUAGCUCCUUACUUCUAGCGUACCAAAGCUUUGGAGUGGUAUUUGGAGAUCUGAGCACUUCACCACUCUAUGUUUACAGCAACACAUUUGUCGGGAAGUUGCAUCACCAUCAGAAUCCCGAGGCAGUUUUCGGGGUGUUCUCAUUAAUCUUUUGGACCUUGACAUUGAUUCCCUUCCUCAAAUAUGUUGCUAUAAUCUUGAGUGCUGAUGACAACGGUGAAGGUGGGACAUUUGCGCUUUACUCCUUACUCUGUAGACAUGGAAAAUUCAACUUGCUUCCGAAUCAACAAGCAGCUGAUGAGGAGCUUUCAUCUUACAAGUAUGGUCCCUCUGGACGGUCUUCGGUAUCGUUAGCAUUGAGGAGAUUUCUCGAGAAGCAUAAAAGUUCACGGACAUCAUUGUUGCUUGUAGUAUUACUAGGGGCUGGCAUGGUAAUAGGUGAUGGUGUAAUAAAUCCUGCAAUGUCAGUACUCUCAUCAGUAUCAAUGCUUGCAUCGGCCAAAGCAAGGUUGCCUGAGGGUGGAGUACUAUUACUUGCUUGCAUCAUAUUGGUUGGUCUUUUUGCUUUGCAGCACUGUGGGACCCGUAAGGUCGGCCUCCUGUUUGCCCCGGUAGUUAUACUCUGGUUGCUAACAAUUUUUGCAGUAGGGUUGUAUAACAUAAUAUACUGGAACCCGAAAAUUGUGUUUGCUCUUUCUCCACAUUAUAUUGUCAAAUUCUUUGGUCAAACUGGCAGAGACGGGUGGAUUUCACUCGGUGGGGUCCUCCUAUGCAUAACAGGUACCGAGGCGAUGUUUGCAAAUCUUGGCCAUUUCACUGCAUGUUCAGUUAGGCUUGCAUUUGUAUCCGUUGUAUACCCUUGCUUAGUGGUGCAAUAUAUGGGCCAAGCUGCGUAUCUGUCAAAAAAUAUUUCUUCCCUUCCUUAUGGCUUCUAUGAUUCAAUUCCUGAUGCUGUGCUUUGGCCUGUAUUUAUUAUUGCCAUCCUUGCAGCUACUGUUUCCAGCCAGUCUGUAAUUUCAGCCACAUUCUCUACCGUUAGGCAAUGUCAAGCACUUGGUUGCUUCCCACGAGUAAAGAUUGUUCACACUUCAAAACAAAUCUACGGGCAGAUCUAUAUUCCUGAGAUUAAUUGGAUCCUCAUGAUUCUUACUCUUGCUGUAGCUGUUGGCUUCCACAACACAAAUAAGAUAGGCAACGCAUACGGCCUAGCGGCUCUCUCGAUAAUGUUAAUUACGACUUUCCUCAUGGCCUUAGUGAUGGUCUUAGUCUGGCAAAAGAAUGUACUACUUGCUGGUGCUUUCCUCCUUUUCUUUUGGUCCAUCGAAGCUUGUUACUUGUCGGCCGCAUGCAUAAAAAUCCCUCAGGGAGGGUGGUUCUCACUUGCACUCUCUCUCAUCUUUAUGGUGAUAAUGUUUGUGUGGCACUAUGGGACCCGCAAGAAAUACUCCUACGACUUGCACAACAAGGUUCCUCUGAAAUGGAUUCUUGGUUUAGGCCCCAGCCUCGGUAUUGUUCGUGUUCCUGGCAUAGGCCUCAUAUACUCAGAGCUGGCAACGGGAGUUCCAUCGAUCUUCUCGCAUUUCGUGACGAAUUUGCCCGCUUUUCAUAAUGUUUUGGUGUUCGUUUGUGUGAAAUCUGUUCCAGUGCCAUAUGUAUCACCCGAAGAACGUUUUCUCAUUGGACGAGUUUGCCCCAGGCCUUAUCGUAUGUAUAGAUGCAUUGUUAGAUACGGGUACAUGGACUUACAGGGAGAUGAUGGUAAUUUCGAGAAUAUGCUGAUUCAAAGUAUAGCAGAGUUUAUUCAAAUGGAAGCUGUGGUGGAGCCUCAGUUAUCGAGUCCAGACAGCUUUAGUUAUGAUGGGAGAAUGGCGGUUAUAAGCUCGGAGAAUUUAAAUUCCAGCUCGAAUUUUGUUGUGUCCGAGGCUGGGGAAGCUAGUAAUUCUGUCCAAAGUAGCAGCAAAUCAUCGACUCUGCAGAGUUUAAGAUCGGAUUAUGAAGACGAGAACCCUCAGAUUAGGAGGCAUCAAUUGAGGUUUCGAAUAAGUCAAAAUCAUGGUAUUGACCCGUCUGUGAGGGAAGAGCUGUUGGAUUUGAUCCAGGCGAAAGAAGCAGGUGUUGCGUAUAUAAUGGGGCACUCUCAUGUGAAGGCUAGGAGGUCGUCUUCGUUUUUGAAGAAGCUAGUGAUUGAUUUUGGUUAUUCGUUUCUACGUAAAAACUGUAGGGGUCCUGGUGUGGGGCUUCACAUUCCUCAGAUAAGCCUUAUUGAAGUUGGCAUGAUUUACCAUGUCUAGAAAUUUUUUGGCACUCGUUAUUGAGUAGUGAUUCUUUCUAUGCAAAGGUAAUAGUCUCUCGUGUAAGAGACACUUGCGUAUUAUCAUCAUUUUUACCGGGCGUUCUGUGUUGAAGCUUGUUUUGAAAGGUCAGUUUUAUCUCAAAUAUCUCUCUUUUUCUC